UUAAUGGACUAUGAUUAUGAAAUAGUGUAUAAGAAAGGAAAGUUGAAUCAGAAUGCAGAUGCUCUAAGUCGUUUAAUUCAAGACAAUAAUAAUGAAAUCUCAUAUAAUGACUUCAUGAAUAAAUACGAAUCCAAAAGCAUACAGAGUUCUUCCAAUAUUCAAGAAAAGCUAGGCGAUCUUUUCGAAGCGCCACCUAAUCACUCUCUAGUACAUUGUGUAUCUCAGGAUUUUGAAAUGGGUAAAGGAAUAGCAUUAAUAUUCAAAACUAGAUUUGGACAAGUAGAUGAGUUGAAAUCUCAAAAUAAAACUGUAGGACAAGUGGCUUAUAUUAGUGAUCAAAACCGAAGAAUUUAUUACCUCAUAACCAAAGCUCUCUUUUUCCAAAAACGUACUUAUCAAACAGUUUUCAAAGCUCUAAUGAAUCUCAAAAUUUUAUGUCAACAAAAUAAUGAAUCACAUUUAGCUUUCCCUCGUAUCAGUUGUGGUUUAGACAAUCUUUAUUGGCCAAAAAUAUUUGAUAUGAUUAAAUACAUUUUUCACGAUUCGUCGAUCAGUAUAACGAUAUAUAAUUUACCUGAUGAACACAGUAAAAAUUUUGUUUAUUCUAUAGAUGACGAAGACCUUACGUUUGAAAACUUCAAAGGCUUUCAUCAAAGAGAAGUUAAAAUUCCUAAACCUAAGGUUGUUAAUACGCCAAUUUCCAAUAUAAAAACAUUUAUAAUUCCAAUGUCAUGCGACUACUCAAUUUCGAACAAAUUUCUUGAUUUUAUAAAAACUCAUUUUACAGAUCUUCCAGAAAAUCCUAAAGUUACUGAUAUAAUAGCAAAAAAGUUAACUCAUCAAUUUAUUUUUGUUCUCUUUCUGAAAGAAUAUAAUGAUCAAUCUGUAACAUACGAAGAUUUAUUCGCAACUUUCGUUAAUCUUAGACUAAUGCUCAAUUUUAACAACAUAAAAAAGUUCACGAUUCCAAAUAUAGCUCUUUUUAAAAAUAAUUCAAUAAUCCGAGAAGAUACCUUUUUCAGUCUCUUAUAUUUUCUGUUUCGUGACUUUGAAUAUGAAAUUUUAUGCGACGAACGAAUUAAUGUAAGUGAUGAAAACUUAAUAAAGGAAAUUUUGUUCGAAAAUCAUGAUUCACCAUUAGCUGGACACCAAGGAUUUGAACGCACAUACGAAAAAAUAAAGAAAUUCUAUUUUUUGGAUAAUAUGAAAGAUCCUAUUCGAAAGUAUAUAAGGAGAUGCAAAAUAUGUCAAAAAUCUAAAACUGAUUUCAAACAUAAUAAAAGUCCUAUGAUCAUUACAACUACCUCAACCAAACUCUGUUAACAAAUUGCC